UUAUUCCUUACAUCUCAUCAACAUCUGCCACGGGCUCUUGGCUCAUUCCUCUGACUGCUGACCUGCAGGGAAGCAGAAACCCAGAAAGAGAAGGAAGGCAGAAACCCGGAGACAGACCUGGAGACAGACCUGAGGCCGAGGCUGCGCUGGCCUUCCGCCCUCCCCCCUCUCUUCCCACCCUGCCCUAACACCUCUCCCUAGCCAACGCCCGUCAAGGUCCCCUGGGGCUCAGCCCUUCUCCCUCUGGGGCCACAGGUGCCCCUCAGGGCCUGCGUCCCACCAUGUCAGUGGCUGUGGAGACCUUUGGCUUCUUCAUGGCAGCUGUGGGACUGCUGAUGCUGGGUGUGACUUUGCCAAACAGCUACUGGAGAGUGUCCACUGUGCAUGGGAAUGUCAUCACCACCAACACCAUCUUCGAGAACCUCUGGUACAGCUGCGCCACCGACUCCUUGGGAGUCCACAACUGCUGGGAGUUCCCGUCCAUGCUGGCCCUCUCCGGGUACAUCCAGGCCUGCCGGGCACUCAUGAUCACCGCCAUCCUCCUGGGCUUCCUGGGCCUCUUCCUGGGCAUGUUGGGACUGCGCUGCACCAACAUUGGGACCUUGGUGCUCUCCAGGAAAGCCAAGCUGGCGGCCACUGCCGGGGCCCUAUACAUACUGGCUGGUUGCUGCGGGAUGGUGGCCAUCACCUGGUAUGCCUCCAACAUCACCCGGGACUUCUUUGACCCCUUGUAUCCCGGAACCAAGUAUGAGCUGGGCCCUGCGCUCUACCUGGGCUGGAGCGCCUCCCUGCUGACCAUCCUGGGCGGCGUUUGCCUCUGCUCCAGCUGCUGCUGUGCUCCCGAAGAGGACCACGCCACCAACACCCGGAUGCCCUACAAGGCCUCCACAGUGCAGUCCACUGGCCCCGCUGCCCAUGUGCGCCCCGCAGCAACCUCGUAUGAAGACGACGUCAGCUUCGGCAAAUACGGGAAAAACGCUUAUGUGUAGGAGGCCUGCCUAUGGAUCCUAUUCCCUUCCCACUGCCCCCAGUGGAAAGGGGUCCCUCGAACCCCGGACAGCAGGCGCAGGCCCCUGCUUGGUUUUACCACCUCAGAGGCAAGCCAGGCCCCAGGGCCAAGCCACUCCCAGGACUCCACCUCAGGCCUGAAGCCACACCCAGCUCAGGCUCCUCUCUGUAGUCUGCCCUGGCUACGGGCUACGCUUCCCUCCUCUGGCCAAGCUGCCUCCUGAGGACUCACUUCGGACUCCUUGGACUGCACCUGACCCCUCUCUAUCCUGAGGCUGGGGUCUGAGCGAUUAGGCCGGCGGGGACACCCCGAGUGCUUACAUUCUAUAUAAAUUCAUGCUUAAAUAAAUUUGUAUUGUGAACUUUCAGGGGCAACUGGCCAAGCAGGAGUUGACUGGGGCAAUGCCCAGAGUCAUCUCAGUUCUGACACCCGACUGUCACCUGUCCCCUCUCCAUCAUCUUUCGACUAUCUAAUCCCGCAAAACAGGCAGGGUUGCAAGUGAUUUCAAGAGUGUGGCACUCUUUUUUAUUUUUUUGGUUAAUCCUCACUCAAGGAUAUUUUUUCCAUUGAUUUUUUUUUUCCUUUUUAGAGAAAGUGCAAGGGAGGGGGAGAGACAGAGAGAAACAUCGAUGUGAGAGACACAUCAACUGGUUGUCUCCCACACGCAUGCUGACUGGGGUUGAGGAUCAAGUCUGCAACUCAGGUACAAGCCCUUGACAGGAAUCGAACCAGAGACCCUUCAGUCUGUAGGCCGACGCUCUAACCCAGUGGUUCUCAACCUGUGGGUCGCAACCCCUUUGGCGGUCGAAUGACCCUUUCACAGGGGUCGCCUAAGACCAUCCUGCAUAUCAGAUAUUUACAUGACGAUUCAUAACAGUAGCAACAUUACAGUUAUGAAGUAGCAACAAAAAUAAUUUUAUGGUUGGGUCACAGCAUGAGGAACUAUAUUUAAAGGGCCAGAAGGUUGAGAGCUACUGCUAACCCCUUGGCACACCAGCCAGGGCAAGAGUGUGGCACUCUUAUAAUUACUGAUAAGAGUCAUCAAGGAGCAGAUGGGGAAGACCCAGCUCUAGGAAACUGGUCAGCCUGAGAUAACAAGUCACUCGUUUACUCUCAACCUUUCUUCACAGCUGUACAAGGAUACAGAUGGUCUAGACCAGCCGUGGGCACACUACGGCCCACGGGCCGGAUCCGGCCCGUUUGAAAUGAAUAAAA